AUCCCGCCAGCCUGGGUUGGGGGGAACAAAACAGCAAAGAAAAAAGCCAGCAGCAGUGUCAAAGGUGUUCACCCAAUUCCAGCGGGAAAUCCAGCUUCCCUCUACGCAAUGUCCAAGCGAAGCUCCAAUGUCAAAUCCAUCCAGGCUAACAUAAACAUCCCCAUGGGCGCCUUCCUGCCCGGAGCUGGACAUCCCAGCAAAAGAAAAGAGGGUACCUUAGAACCUGAUGAGGGGACAUGCAUUAAAUCAGAGGAAAAAAAAGAGCUGCCUGGAGCAGUGAAGUUACCAGGACCAGCUGUCAACCUCAAGCAACUUCAGAAUGCCAAGAGUGAGUUGAAAUUUGUCCCCAAGUUUGAGUAAAAGUGAGUUGGGUUCAGAUUCAGAAAUGUCGAUAGCACUGACUUUCACUUUUGAUCCACCUCUGCUCCUGCAGAAUGGCAAUGGGCAUCUCAUAUGGCCCAACAAUUUAUACAGGUCUACUGGUAUUGAUAGAAUAAACAUACCAUUU